AUGCCACCAAUUCCAAUAUUGGCCACAGCAUUACCUGAUGCUUUUAUUUCCUCUGUAAUAGAGGACCAACAACAGCUCAUUGAGGCUGAUGUUGACUGGGUAGACGAAGAAGAAAGAAGCUAUAAAAAUACUUUAUUAUCUUCUGCGCCUGCUGAUAGAACCUCCGUAAUGUCAUGUCUACAGAGAAUUGACAGUAAAAUAUUAGCUUUUAAGACAGAAGUUUUAGAAAAAAUUAAUUCGAACCAAGGUUCCUUUAGCGUCCUAUAUAAAAAUUCCCACGAAUUGCGAGAACGGAUCAAUAAUUUGUUUACGGAAUUCGAGAAUGUUUCUAAGGAAGUUAAUGAUCCAGAGAAAGGAGUCAAACCAAAAUUGUUUCUAUCAUUGCAAGAGAAUCACGACGUGAAACAGGACGUGCAGAAUAAUGGUGCUGUUAUGGAAAUGUUAAACUAUUUAAGCGAAGUGCAGCUAUGCGUCAAGCGCUUUGAUGAAUAUUUAAAUGACGCACGAAUAGAAGAGGCUGCCGGAAUAGUGAGAGAAAUGGAUUCUUUGCUUGAGAUAUCACCGAUCAUCACUGAUAGAAGAAUAUACAUCAUUGAAAAACUAAAGUUGAAAUUGGCGAGCAUGAAAAAUAUUUUAGAUCAAACACUUGAUGAUCUUUUAACUAGAGCAAUUAUAUUUGAAAGGAUAGGUGGAGACAAUGAGAGCGGGGAUCCUGACUCAGCCACGCAUUUAUCAUCAAUCUUUGUUUCACUUACGGAAGUUAAUCUUGUUGAUAUGCAACUAUCUCGACUAAAAAAAAAUGUAAUGAACUACCUCGUCAUACCGUUACUCAAACAUCGUCAAAGCUGGCAUGCAUCAAUAAAAAUUGAAGACGAUAUAAUAUCUAAACUUAUAGUCGGCUCAAAGAAUAAUGGCGAGGAAUCAGUUGAUCCGUUGUUUGCCUCUUUAACCUCGAUCUUUCAUUUCAUCUAUAAUUUCAUUUUUGGAGGUCCGAAUCCUUCUUUGUCUUAUGAUUCGCUGAAUCCUUCACCUCUAACUGUUCAAUAUGCUUCAAAGUUUGGCAAUUUUAUUUCACGAGAUCUUCGGGAACUUGUUAUAAAAGAAUAUCUUUCACACAUGAUACCAAUCGAGACGUCAGAAUUAAUAUCAUUUGAAAAGAUAGCUCAAUCAGCGCGACGAUUUGAAGCUGAAAUGCGGCGAUUGGAAUUUAUGCCAGAAUUACAAAGUAGUGAAGAGGAGGAAGAGGAACGUACUUUAGGGGCAUAUGUCGCCAAAGUGGAUAUACAUUUUACCAUCCGUAAGCGAGAUCGAUUACUAGAGCUUGGUAGAAAGAUUAUGAUGGAUGAGAAGUUUGAAAGCGUAGUGAUUGCCGAAGUUGUAGAACAGGUGAGGGAAAAUGCGGAACUUAGAAUACAAGAAGAGACAAAGAUUACAGAGGCAACUUUAACAGAAAAGGAGAAAGAACACAAAUCAGAAAAUAAUGAAGGAUGGGAUUUUGGGUGGGAAGAAGACUGGGGAGAAGAUCAUUGGACAAGCAGAAGUAAAGAGGCGAUUCAGAAUAUAAAAUCUGAAAUUAGUAUACCUGAGCCUGAACGAUAUGAAAUAACCACAAAGUCAAAAGCUUUGAUCGAUCUUACAAUCGAUAUUUUGAAUGAAGCACGAAAAUUAAAUGUGCAAAGUGGUAUUCGGCUUUACAAUGCAACACUCGAUCUUUUCGAUUUAUAUCGUGCAAUAAUGCCAGUCUAUCACUCCAGCAAAUUCACUGAUAUUCCCGCUCUUGCAAUGAUGUUUUAUAAUGAUUGCACAUGGCUUGCAUCCGAGCUAUUAAAAAUUCAAAGACAAUAUUCAAGCUCGCAAUCAAUAUCAUCUAAUGCUAUAAUGAAUUUAGGGAAUGGUAUUGAAGAAGACGGCUGGGGAUUUGACACUGAAAACAUAGACGAAGUUAAUAGUGCAACUACCGAUCAAUGGACAGGACAGAAUGUUUAUUAUGAAGAUAUGGCUAAUCAAUUGCGCGAGUUAGGACAAAGAUGGUUUGAUAUACAAAUAGAAACACAAAAAUCUCUGCUUAAAGACUUUCUUGAUGAAAUGGGGGGUCUUCAUUCAAUGGCGCGUGAAGACCGAUUUGACGCUUGUCAUCGUGUUAUGAAACAAAUUGUACAUACAUUGACGCAAUUAAAUAAAGUAUUAAAGGCAGUUCUUUCUCCUGCCUUACGAUAUAAAGCGUUAGGCUUAUUGGUAGAUUCCGUUAUAAAACAAAUGAUUGAUGACGUAGAAGACUUGUAUGAUAUAUCUGCUGAAGAAUCUCAACAAUUAAACUUGAUUUGUGGAAUGUUGUUCGAGUUAGAAGGCUUAUUUCCCAAAAUAGGACAACACAAAAUUAAUAUGCACGUUAAAAACUGGGAGAAAUACCGCCACUUGACGGAUAUUCUUAAUCUUUCACUUGCGGAAAUCAUGAAUCGAUUCCGCAAUGCAGAAUUGACUGGAUUCAAAACUACCGAAUUGGGAAAUCUAAUAUGCGCAUUGUUCGCGGAUACACCUUUACGGGCACGGAAUCUCCAGGAAAUUCAAGAGGGACACCCUUUAUAA